GAGGAAGGCUCCUGGGGAGCCUGGGGUUUUGCUGCUGGUGGACGUGUGGGCUAGAAAUCCCAGCCCAAGGGAAGUACACACUCAUCCACCGGCGAUCCCGCACAGUUGGGAAGGGGAGAAAUGCCCAUCUCUGCCACCUCUCCUCCCUUUCGACAUAUCCUAUCACAUGGCACACCUGAUUUGGGUAAUUUGGUCUGAACCUAAGUUUCUUAAGUGAAAUUGAGAUUUCUCCACUUAUUGUUUCGAGGGAACUUGUUGAAGUAACUAGACCGAGUGGGUUUCUUGCCUACCUUCAAGGAUGCCCCCGCUGCAGAGGAAGCUUCUCUCCUUCACUAGGUACCGGUCGUUGGAGCUGAGUCCCGCUGUGGAGGGCCCCAACCUAGCCCCCUCCCAGCAGCCGAGCUCCGUGUCGGUGCGUCCGCGAUGGUCCCGGGGUUGGAGCGGCGGAGGUGGCGGGCAGCGCGGGCCCGGCGCUUUCUCCGGGGCUGAGGGGCAGCACGGGCGGCCCGGACGGGGGCCCGGACGGCGUCCGGCUCGGCUCGGCUCGCCCAUGGCCGGGACCCAGGUGUGGGCGGUGUCGGUGACGGUGGCGGUGGCGGUGUCCGUGUGGGUGUCCCCGUGCCCGGGGCGGGCGGCCCCCGGGCCCCGGCGCCCCUCGCGGGCCUGCCCCGACCGGGCGGAGGAGCAGCUGGAGCAGCUGUACGGGCGGCUGGCCGCCGGGCUCCUGGCCGCCUUCCACCACACCCUCCAGCCGCCGCCCGGGGCCCAGACCCCAAACGCCACCUGCCCCGCCGGACCCCACGGCGGCCACCGCCUCCCGCUCAACCUGCGCACCAUCUCCCCCUGGGCCUACAGGAUCUCCCACGAGCCCAGCCGCUACCCCCGGUACCUGCCCGAAGCGUACUGCCUAUGCCGCGGCUGCCUGACGGGGCUGUCCGGGGAGGAGGAGGACCUGCGCUUCCGUAGCACCCCCGUGUACGUGCCCACGGUAGUGCUGCGGCGCACGGCGGCCUGCGCGGGGGGCCGCGCCGUCUACGUCGAGGACUACAUAACCGUCCCCGUGGGCUGCACCUGCGUCCCGGAGCCGGCCAAGGGAGCCGGCAGCCUCGACUCCAGCCCAAACCAGCCAGCCCUGAAGCAGCUGGGGAGCCAGAGGGACCAGCCCGCCGCCACCUGACUCGGGGGAGCAGCCGGGGGGCCCCCCGGUCACAAGGGAAGGUCACAGUGGGGCAAGGGAAUUGGUCUGGAAGGGGGAGAAGGAACCCAGGACCUCUGAGAUGCAGCGUCAACACCCUGAGUGGUUGUUCUGUCUUCCCCUGGCCUUCUGUGUAAACGCGGCCAAAGGCUGAAAGGCAGCACCCAAGGGGACAACAGGGUGAUCCCCCUCCCGCCCUGGGGCAGGCCGGGAUGAGCAGGACUGAACUGCACCUGGAUUCAAAGGGGAAAGUUUACUUCUCCAAACAGCGGAGCAGGGUGGCCCCCAACCCAUCAGCCGCGCUACUCUGCCCUGCCUCGCGAGCUUUGUGUGUGGCGCGUCGGGGCCCGAGUCCGAGCAGCGUUAGCUGCCUGCCUGGUUCCCUGAACUGGACACCCCAAUGACAGCAGGGCCGGGUGGUAGGGUGGGGCGGGCACAGCUGACCCUGGCUCCCCCACAGCGCUUCCUACGAAUAGUGAAAUAAAAGUGACUGUUUGAGCUUC